AUGUCCUCAAAGCUGUCAUCGUUGACGAGGGAACGAAGUCUCGAGGAGGACUUGCCAUACGGUGCCGAAGAUAUGGCCGGUGAAGCUAAGUUGUCGGACAGCAAAGAAAACUGUACAAUUUUACCACCAACGGUGGAUAUGCUGCCGGAGGAAGGCUUCGCUCAUCGAGAGUGGGGAAGGCAAAAUGCAAUUCGACUGGAGGAGAAAGAGAAGAUGGAGAAGGAGAUGUUGAAAGAAAUAAUUGAUGAAGCUGAUGAAUACAUUGCAGAGUAUAAGAAAUGGAAGAUCAGAUGUGAGAACAGCAGAGCUUCCAACAGGGAGAAGGAUAAGAGGCCAAAAAAACCUACUGGAAAUCAAUUGCUGAACUUAUACCAAAUGAAGUUCCGUGCCAUUGAGAAGAAAGGAUGCGUCAAGCACUUGUCAAACUCAAAACACAAAACCCCUCCUCACAUGAUGCUGCCACCACCCGAACUCAAACCUAGAAAAGAGGCUAAAACCGCCGAGCCUGCUAAAUCUCCGACUGUGUCGAAGCCCGAAGUUGGGAAGAUGACGAUAUAUGCAAACUACCGUCCGAUCUCCGCGAAGUCUGUGGUCUGUAGACUCCCAGCUCCAUUAAAGGUUUCGGAUCAAUUUGAAGUAUAUUUUGAGAUUUUUUUCUGGAAUAUGGCUUCGACUGCUGUGGUGCCUUCAGGCACUGAAAAGAUGAAAUACGACGCGAUAGUUGUGGAUAAACUUCUAAUUUAUUUUUGUUGUCAAGAUGCUGUGGUGCUUUCAGGCACUGAAAGACAAAAUAUGAGGUGA